AUGUCUGGAGAUGCCGCGGACGAGGGCUGGCGAGGCAGAGGUCGCACGCGACGGGGAGAAAUGAGCCAGAACAAUCACCCGCCAGCACAACCGCAGAUACAGUCUCAAGUACAGCCUCCACAGGAUGAUCUUCAGCAGCAGCAGCAGCAGCUACCAGCAACUAAUAAAAUCAACUCCUCCUCAUCGCCAGACUUGUCUUCUCCCAAUCUAUCCGAGUGUGAGAGUGUGCCCACGCCCGCUCAUUUUCAUUCCCGGGUUUCCACGCCUAAUCCAGAGGCUCCACAUGCUGCGCCUACUGCUGGCCCAACCACCACUGGUGCUGCUCCAGCUCCAGCUCCAACUCCAGCUCCAGCUCCAGCUACGGAUGCUGACGUAAAAAGCGACAAACAAACCGACGCUCCCACCACAGGCGCCGCCAAGGUGAAACGCACCCGCCGAAAGAAAGAAGACAAGGAGCCAAAGGUGGCCAAAGAGAAAGAUAAAGACGCAAAACCCCGCAGACGUCGCACCAGUAAUGGUAAAAAUAAUGCUACCAAUACCUCUGCCAAUAACAGCAAUAAUCCGAACCAGCAACUCUCUCCCGUCAUCAGCAACGACAACGCCGAUCGCGGAGCAUCACGCAAACGAGCCAAGCUGGAACAUCCCCGGGAAAGCAACAAGCCCCUGGCCCCUGCGCGGCAGUCCAAGAUCACUGACCUCGUUACGCCCAAUGCCGAUUCUUCUUCUUCUUCUUCUUCUUCUUCUUCUUCUUCUUCUUCUGCUCCUGCUGCUGCUGCUGCUGCUGCUGCUGCUGCUUCGGUUGCUUCUGCUCCCUCUACUCCGGUGCCUUCGACGCUUUCGCCCUCUCUCCCGGCCUCGUCAGCCGCCUUCCACCUGGGUGCUCCAGCCUCAUCUGCACCUUCCGUCUCGCCCCCGCUCCAGCCACACCUCCAGCCACACCACCCCCAUGCCCUUUCCCAAAACGGCACCUAUGACGCCUUCCCCGCAAAUGGCAGCUCCCGCCCUCCGUUCCACCCCUAUCACCUGCAGCCCGCCCCGCCCUCCACCCCCCAGCAGCAGCAGCAGCAGCAGCAGCAACAGCAGCAACAGCAGCAACAGCAGCAACAACAACAGCAGCAGCAGCAGCAGCAGCAGCACCAACAACAACAACAGCAACAACAACAGCACCCUCCUGCCCAGCGCUCCAGCGGCCAGAACUAUGACCCCAUCCGCUCCGCUUUCGAUAACUCCUCCAUCGCAGCUCCCCAUGUAUCCACCUCGUCCAAGAUCUCUCUCCCCCCCACUCACAGCCAGUUCGGACCCCCACCCAACACGAGGACGCCCCCUCCCCGUCCGGUGUACCGUGCCAGUGCAUCUCCCGCCAUCUCCAGCAUCAUCGACCCUCCAAUCCAGCCGUCGAGCUCAGCGCCACCUCCAUCCCAGCCAACCGUUCCCAACAACCAACAAACGAAGCCUUCUCCAGAGAACAACCAUCCCAGUAUUCAUUCCCCUCCCCCAGCCACGAUGACCGCCAUCACCCCUCCCAACACAGCAAUACCCAUCCAGCAACCAAAAGCCAUGCAUGAACCAGAACCAUCCCCAUCCAUCUUGCAAGAACCCAUCGCCAUGGACAUCGACAGCCUGAACAACACCGCACCAACCCCAACCCCUAUCCAACCUCCCCCCGCUUCCACAAAACCAACGUUAACAACAACGACAACCAAAAAACCCUCUGUCCCCUCCACGGGGCCCCCCUCCACAGCUCCCACAGCCUCACCCCCCAAGCCCUCCCGCUCCAACGUCAAAGAGACCCCGCGUGCCCCGCUCCCCUCCGGCUCCGGCCUCCUAUCCGGCACCCUCUUCGGCGCCAUCGACUCCACCAACCCCUCCAACUCAUCACCCUCCUCCACCAAGUUCACCCCAAACAUCAUCCUCCACAUCCCCCUCCAAGGCAAAACGAACCAGGUAAUUAACUUCACCCGCCUGGCAGAGGAGCAGUAUGGCUUUGACGCAUUGCAUCCGCGUCUGGCGGCACAGCGCGAGCGGAUGGCAAGGGUAAAUGCGGCUAGUGCGGCGUUGGAGAGGAAUGAAAGGGGUGCGAAAGGUGGCAGUGGCGGGAAUGAUAGUGCCGCGGAGGAGGAUUUGAGUCUCAUAGAUAUCGAGAGGGAUAGUGAUGGCGAUGGCGACAACGAUGGUGAUGUGAUCAUGUCUGGUAUGGGGCGUGCGGGCGCGAAUGGACAUGCGGGGAGUGACGUUAGUGUCGGUGCUGGCGCCAGCACAGCUGCAUCUACGGCUGCAGCAACCCUUGCGGGAACAAAGAAGAAACGCCGACGAAAAAUCGAAGAAUAUGACCGUGAUGACCCCUUCGUUGAUGAUAGCGAGCUUGCAUGGCAGGAACAGGCGGCUGCUAGCAAGGAUGGGUUUUUUGUCUACAGCGGUCCGCUGAUCCCGGAGGGGGAGAAGAUUUCUGUUGAACGCGCCGACGGCUCCAUAAAACGAGGCCGUGGCCGCGGUCGCGGUGGCGGCGCAGGUUCCGGUGCAGGUGGUGCUGGCUCGCGUACGCGCGGUGGAGCCGCCGCUGCGAAUGUCGGACAGCACGUUGCGGGCUCAUCUGGGCAUGAUGGUGGUGCUGCUGCUGCUGGCGGCGGCGGCAGCGGCGGUAGUGGAAGAGGUGGUGGCGGAUCGUCCAGGGGAGGUGGUGGGACGGUGCGCAAGGCGCGUGUGACGAAGGCGGGGAGGGAGACGAUGCUGAAGGAGAAGAUGGAGAGGCAGAAGAUGGGGUUGGAGUUGGCGGGGAAAGGUGGGGCUGCGGCUGCGGCUGCGGCUGGGGUUGGUGUUGAUGGGAAUUCUGGGGUUGGGGAUGGUGGUGAUGGUGGUGGUGUAGGUGUAGGCGGAGGCAGAGGGGAAGGUGGAGGGGGUGCGGGUGUGAAUGUUAGUGCUGUGGGUGUAUAG